AUGUUCAACAAAGCUCACGCUAUCACCAAACUGGUCGCUUCUUGCGUUCGAGUGGCCGAGGCAGCUGGAAAUGUGAUUAAGGUAUUGUUUACCCGCAUUUUUUGUUUUUAGGUAUACAUAUUUGAUAAAAUAUGUUUUUUGCAGAAAGUGACUGCUUCUGCAGACCUAAAGAUUGUGGACAAAGGUACUGGUGGACAGGCGGAUAUUCAGACCGAAGCUGAUCGCUCGGCUCAGUAUUGUAUCGAGAAGUCGCUUCAAACGAAAUUCAACAACAAGCUAACCAUCAUCGGAGAAGAACAAAACACCACUGCAGUCGACGACUUGGAACUCGGAAUCUGUCCGGAUGUAUUAGAAUAUGACAGUAAAGUGUGUGAGGAAUUUCAAAAAGCAAAUAUUGAGGACGUGGUUAUCUGGGUUGAUCCUCUAGACGGGACAUCUGAAUUUGCCAAGGCCGUCAAAACAAUGUCGAGUAAGUUUCGGCUUUAUUUGCGAUCUCUGUUUUUAGAAGACCUAGAGCAAGUCACGGUUCUGAUUGGCAUAGCUUACCAAGAGCGCUCCAUUGCCGGUGUUAUCCAUCAACCGUUCUACCCAGGACACGAAAACGGCCGAACAAUUUGGGCGAUUGCUGGAAUUGGAACCUUUGGAUUGCAGGUAAUGAAGCGUAAGUUAGAUUGGAGUCCUUAUUUACCCGUAUUUCAAUUUCCAGCUACCGAAAACAAAGUUGUUGUCACAACAAAAAGCCAUCUUACUCCUCAAGUUACCCGUGCCCUGGAUUCUUUGAAAAAUGCCAAACUGGUUCAGGAUGUUGAGCAGGUCGGAGGAGCUGGCUUCAAGGUCCUGCGAUGUUUGGAAGGAGCGACAGCCUAUGUAUUCGCCAGCGACGGGUGCAAGAAAUGGGACACGUGUGCCCCGGAGGCGGUUCUGAAAUCCGCGCACGGGAGAUUAACGGAUAUCACUGGCCGAGAUAUCCUCUACGGUGAACAUGUUCAACACAGAAACACUGGUGGAGUGUUAGCCACGGCUCCACGUCUUGACCACGAAGCAUUCGUCGAUGCGAUCCCGGAGGACAUUAAAAUCCAACUGCCUGAGAAGUUAAUAUCACAUAUUUAA